UAUUAGCAACAAAAUGGUGCAAAUUCCUGCUGAGAUGUGAAAUGUUUUGCCGGUGGCAACAAUGAUACAGUUAUUCUAACUAUAUGGUAACGGGAUCUAUAUUGUGAAAACAUUGAUAUUCUAGCCUACAAACUGCAGACAGGAAUGCAGAGUAUCUGUCCAUUUUCGUCGUAGUGGGGCAUACAAAUGAAAUGUCGUUUUUGAUGUUUUGGCAACUACUGUACUGUAGGCCUACAUAAUAUUGUCAAGCGAAACAGAAGAACUAAAGAUACAGAACAUGGAGCCUGACCAAGAUGAAUAUUCUCAUCCAGGGGAGGAAGGACUGGUGUGGACGGAAGAACACGCUGAACGCUCGCAUGGUAAAGACCCUAAGGCAGGCUAUAACAAGUUUACAGAACAGGCACGGGGGAUGAUUUCUCCAGAAAGAAUAUGUGCUAUGUUCUGUGGAGGGAAGAAAUGCAAGUAUUGUAACCCAGACUUGUGGCCGAAGGAAAAAAUGGUCAUCAAUGGACUUUAUUCAAGCUGGAUCACAGAGAACAUUGUUGCUAUGUCCAGACCAGCUGAUGAGCUGAUCGACAAAUUUGACAUCAUAGGCCAGUUCAAACAAAUGGGAAUAAGAACAAUAAUCAACCUGCAGUCCCAGGGAGAACAUGCUGAUUGUGGCUAUGGGGUACAACCCAAGACUGGCUUCUCCUACACCCCACAGAGGUUCAUGGAUAACGGCAUCUACUUUUACAAUUUUUGCUGGCCAGAUUAUGGUGUAGGGACACUUAGCUCUAUACUGGACAUGGUGAAGGUGAUGCAGUUUGCUGUAUCAGAAGGAAAGGUUGCUGUUCAUUGCCAUGCGGGUCUAGGGCGGACAGGGGUAAUGAUUGCUACCUACCUAGUGUUUACCAACAGGAUCUCUGGUAAUACUGCCAUCCACUAUGUCAGGUCUCAGAGGCCCAGUUCUAUACAAACAAGAGGGCAGAUGGAAAUCAUACAAGAAUUUGAAGCUUACUUGAAGCCAUUUAGAAUUGUUUUUGCAUCAAAAGCUAAAGACACUCAUGAAUUUACACUAUCACACUUUUUAAAUAGACAGAAACAUGUGUUACAUGGAUACGAGGCAAGGAAGUUAAAGUUUGUGCCAAAGGUAAUAUAUGUAACUUGUGAGAGACUACUAGAACUCGCAGAAUUAGGUAAUUCUUUAUCAAGAUUUAUCGAAUCAAGUGACCAUGAAGUUCAGCAAGAACAAUUAAAAUUCAUUCCUGAAAAAGGAGAAGUGGCAGAACUUCCACGUAAUGAGUCUAAGUCAUCACUUGAUGAACUGGCCACGUCAUUAAAUAAGAACGUCAUAUCACCAAAGGAGAAAACACCCUUGUCACGCACCAAAAGUUUCUCCAUGGAGGAUCUGAAGGAUGAAAAACUCAAGUCAUUGCAGGUACCAGCAGACAAUCAGUCUGACACGAGUUCAAGAAACCUGUCUCCAGACACAAGUCUGGAGGGAGACCAAGGGGAGGAGGCUGUCAAGCCCAAAUCAUCUUGUAGAAGGAAAUACACUCCUGGAGAUGUAGCUGCAGAACUAGGUGCCACGUCCUACCCACAAGAGGUGUAUGACAAGGCUGAUAAACAUGAGAUGAACCUUAAUGAAAGAGAUGAUGCAUGGUCUCAACUUGCACAAGAAACAGACCCUGCAGUUGUCUCCCUUGUUUUAUGGGAGUGGCUUGACCAGCUAAAGGAGCCUAUCCUCAGGACUCAGGAUCUUAAAAGCUUGUUGCCCUACAGAGAUGAUCCAGAGACAGGACUCCAGAAAUUGGAGAAGGGCUCACGGAAUACCAUUCUAUACAUGGUGAAGGUCAUUGAGAAACUGCGACCCGUCAGUGAAGAUGUUGAAUCCAAGAUCUAUGAAAAACUGAUGUCCUAUCUGACUCAUCAAUGGGUUAUAGUGACUACUGAUUUACUGAGUACAAAUGAGAGCUGGGCCAUGUCCACGCGGGAUAGUAACGAUGACAGAGAUAAUGGCCGUGACCACUGGAUGGACAUGAAACCUAAGACUGCCAGCGAUCUCACGCAAUUCUUCAAUAAUGUACGAAAAUUUGUGAAGUCUUCAGACAUCAAACUUUCUACAGCUCGUAGUGAAAAAUGAUGCAAAAUGUGUUAAGAUGCCAGCAAUACAUAUUGUAUGUGUGAUUAAGUUUUAAUUCUACCUCCCCUCCCCCCUAGUC